UUCACUUUUUCAGUUCAGAUUAAACGGUUGAAACUAUUGAUUGGGAUCUGAUAUAUAAGAAGAGUCGACAUUUCGUUCGUAUAAAGCAUGCUCCUUGAAAAAAUGGGAGAAAACAAAUAACUCACUUAAUAGACUCAAUUGCAAGGCUACAACUCUGCAUCUUUUAAAUAAUAAAUAUUAUCUUUGGUACAUUUAUUGAAGUCUUCAAUCAUUGUGUGUAGUCAUUUCUGAUUUAUGUGCUAAUUUUACUCAAUAGCUUUAUGCUUUCAAUCUUCUAAACGAUGUCUGAUACUGGUGCAUUUGGCAAAAUUUUACCAAACUUAAAAGUGACAAUUGGUGAUGAAUUGUCUAACUCAGAUAAUAGUUUAGAAGCCGGAGAAAUAACUGAAGUUGAGAAUGUGAAAGAAGGCGAUGAAAUAUCCAAAACUGAAAUUAUUCGAAAAUGGAUGGAUACUUUGCAGAAUCCAAAGGUUUACAGCACUAAAUUAGGUGGCUUUCAAACUGGCCUUGAUUUGUCAUCUGAGGUGUUGAUUAAGAAGUUGGAGAAAAGAGCUGAAAGAUUUGGAUUAGAUGAAAACAGUAGAAACCAAAUCACCCAACUUGAAAUAGAUGAGCUAUACAAAAGUUUUGGAUAUGAUCCUACAAAUUUAUCAGGCAACAAGAAUUUACGGCUGGGAGUCAUACACAUGAGGGGUGUUAAUGAUAUGAAUACUAAAGAAGUUAGUGAAUAUUUUAAGGAUUAUGGUCCAUCUUCAGUUGAAUGGAUUAAUGAUACAUCAUGUAAUGUCUGCUGGUAUGAUGAAACAAGUGCAGCUAGAGCAUUACUUGGAAUGAGUCAGCCUUUUUUGAUUAGACGUAAAAGUAAAAAAGAAGAUGCAGUUCCAGAUGAAUUAGAUAAUGGGGAAAUGAGUAAAGAAACUCCAGAGAAUGAAACUGUAGAGAUGAGUGAACCUGAAAAUGGAGAAAUUUCUGAGGCAAAAGAAUCUGAACAAAAUAUUGAAUCUGAAGCAGAUGUUGAAAUGGAAGUUGACAAAAAGCCAGAUGGUGAAUCUGAUGAAGACGUUAAAAAUUUACCUCUUAAUAUUCCUGUCCCUCCUGGUUGCUGGAGAUUAGGUAUUCCACAUACAAAAGCAAAAGCUAUCUUACUUCGCUUUGCUACAAGAGAUGAUAAAAAAUUACCUGGUGCAGAAAAACGAAGCCAGUAUUAUAUGAAAUAUGGAAAUCCAAAUUAUGGAGGCUUAAGGGGUCUUAUAAGUACUUCAAGAAAGCGCAAAUUUCAAGUUGCACGAAAUCGUCAAGUUGUGGAAAAUUUUAGUGGUGAUCCUGAAGAAGCAGCAGAUCGUGAGCCUCAUUUUUCUUCAGCAUCUAUAGACUCUCGAAAACGUUCAAAAGUUCCUCGUAUGAAAAUGUAUGCUGAUGAAGAAGAGGAGAAAAAAAGGAACAAACGAUCACGUCCUGCACUGAACACUAGAGAUUCUAGAAAUAUCAAGAGCCGUUUGGGUCCUAGAUAUACCAAAGAUGAGCUUAUACAAAUUGGACCUAAAAGAUCUGAUGAUGAAGACGAAGACCUUGAGGAAGAAACAUUCUCUGUCACUUGCAAGAUUCCAUCACGUUAUAACAUUUGGUCAGAUCAAGCGAAAAAAAUGGCUCAAGAAGAGGAAGAAUUUGAGGAAAGAAAACCUUCAAAGUCUAAAGAUACUUGGUCUAAUCAAUCUAAAGGAAUAGAUCGAGAAGAAGAAGAAGAAAGAUCUUCAAAGUCUCGAGGUUAUAAUAUUUGGUCUGAUCAAGCUAGAAGAAUGGCUCAAGAAGACGAGGAAUUGGAAGAAGAAAGGUCUUCUAAGUUUCGAGGCUCUUCAAGAUAUUCAGUUCACGCACCUGAAAGAUCUUCUUAUGAUCGAAGCCGUCGCAACAACUAUGACUAUUCUGGUGAUUUAAGAGAGGCCCUUCGUAGCUCUAGUCAAAGACAGAAGGCACCAGAAAAAGAUCUGCGUAUGAGAAUUGAUAGAUUAAAAGAAGAUAAUCCUCAGAAACAUCGUUCACCUUUGUGCAGGGAUAGCGAUUAAUUAACAAUUUUUAAAAAUUUUAGUUGUUUAUUUUUAACUGCCUCAGCUAUUAUCUUACUUUACAUUUUUCCAAAUUCAGUUUCGCAUGGUUUUAAAUUAAAGCUACAUUUAUUGUAUCUAAAACUUAUUGCUAAGUUGAACCUUUGCCUUAAAACAUUUAUGGUCUUUUGCUGUAAGUCUGCCUUAUUGUACUUCAAGCCGCCUUGCUUUCACUUGACGUAAUCUUAAAAUUUUAUUUUUAGUUUAAUAUAAAAUGCAUUUGAUAAGUUAGAAUUGCAUAUGCCUUAGAAUAGCUGUUCUCUGGGGUUACGACAGUUAGGACUUUUUUUUACAAGUUAUGAUUUUCGAAGUGUGUAAUUAUAUUUAUAUCUAAUGAAUUAUCCAUUAUUUAUUGAAUAUUUCCUUUAUUUGAAAGAACUUUUUUAAUUGAGAUGCUUACGAAGGAAGAAAUGUUAAAUUAAAAAACAAUCGUUUUUCGAAAACAAAUAUUGUUUAAUGAAAAGAAUACGUGUUUAUGAAUAAUUGCAUUAAUAUUCACAUCGAAUUAACAACUUCAAGUAUGUUUCCCUGAUAACCAUUCUCAACAUUUAUUUUCAUCCUUUUUCAUUUUUAUUUCAACAGAAACCAUAUUUCAUUUCAUUCGUUAUCAGUUUUCCCCAAAUUCAGAACUAGACAAGAUGGUGCCCUGCACCUGUGAAUUCAACUAUCUGACGUAAAAUAAAAUUUUAAGACUAUAAAUAAAAUAAUAGGUUAAAAAAUUUUUUACUUUUCAUUCUUUCACUGAAUAAUUUAAAACAAAUUAAUGCAAUUUUAAUCAUUGAAUAUUUUCAAAAUGAUUACUAGUUUUCAUUGGCUUAUAUGUUCACACUUGCUAAUAAUAAUAUAUGUUGCUGUAAUUAUGUUUUACAUAAUUUUUAAAGGCUUUUGGAAUUUUUAUUUAAAUCUUUUAAUGAGGGUUGUUACCAGCUACCAUUUAAGACCUUAUCUAGUAAGCCUUACCUAGUUAUGACAUAUUAGCCUCAGAAACAUAUAGUAGAGAUAGUGAUUAGUACAUUUUUAAAGUUUUUUUCUGUUUUGUCAUUAAUUUGAAUCAAUUAUGUCUGAAAGUUGAUGUCUUUCACUUACAGUUCUAUAAUUUUGAAUUAAAACUGUACUAAUUAUAUUCUAUUUUAAACUAUGAUAUGCAGUUUAGUUAGCGCUCAAAUUUUGUUUUCCAUGCAUGCUUAUUCAAUGCUAUAAACAAAUUUUACUUUUUUUUUGUGCAAACCAACAGUUUUAUGUUUUGUAGUUAUACGUUUGGGUGUCAAUAAAUAAAAAAAUACACUCAUUCACAAAUGACAAGUUUACUUGACUUACACAAGUGACUUAUUUACUGUAUUUAUUGUUUUAUCAUUUGAAAUGAAUUGAGAUGUAUUUAGUAACCUAAAACCACUCACAAUUGUUUAAAUUGUACGAAGAUUUUAUUUUUAUAUAAAAUAAUAUUUAUUAUAGCUGUAUAAGUUACAUUUAUAAUUCAAAUUAUUGAUUUGCCUUUUAAAUUAAGUACAUUUUUAUUUUAAAACAACGAAUUAAAUUUUGGUGUAUUGCAAUGAAUUCCUUUUAAUAAUUAAUAAUUUUACAAAUGUUACUUUGUCUUAUACAUUGAAAAUUUAUAUGUAUGACGUAUUGUGUAGUAUAGUUUUUUUCAUCCAGUAAAUUUUAGAUAUUUUCUAUUUAUUGUGAUAGUAUUUAAAUUUCUGGUAUUUAAUUUUUCAAUGUUAUGUUGAUAUUUGUUUGUUUGAAUAAAAAAUGUACUUUGAUUCAGUUUUAAAAUUUAUCUUUUAAAUAUAAUUGCCUGUAUUUUGAUGACUGUACAAAAAAAAAUGUUCUGCUUUUACUUGUUAAUAACACAACAGUAAUUAUUUAAAAAGAAGUCUUGUUCAAUAGCUUUAAAAAAGAGAUUUAAAUAAAAUCUCUGCAAGUUGAAAAAAAUUUAAUUUUUAAAAAUAUAAAUACUGUAUCCGGCUUUGUUUUAUAAUAUCAUGACAUACAGCUUCAAUUGUAAUUUAUAAAUCAAAUUUUGUAGUUUAUUUUUUCUUUGAACACACAUACUAAGAUAUUUUCUGUUUUAUUUAAUUUCAUUUUGUGAUCGAAUAAUAAAGUAUCUGUGGCUUGUUUUUAGUUAUAGAAUUAAGGUUAACUUUUAUUGAAAUAAUUUUAAUUUUUUGCUUUAUUUCUUAAAUCUUAUUUUAAGUUUUAUUAUUAUUAUAUAUGUCUUUAUAUAUGUAUCAUGACUUUCAUUUGGGAAAAAAAAAUUAUUAAACUAUGCAAUGAACUCACCUGAAACUGAUUUUAUCAAAUCCAGCUAUUGUACAAAUGUGUAUGACAAAUUUUGCUGGGUUUUAUCUUUUCCUCAAAUGAACUUUAUACAUAUACAUAUUUUUAAGUUCAAUGUAAGAGCAACCUAUUUUAUUAAGACCCAGUAAACUCAUGACUGUAUUAACCUUUAUAUAAUCGUUUCAUUCCAUGUAAUUAUUUCAUACUUUAUUGCAUUUGAAAAAACUAUGCAGUUUAUCUAUUUGUGAUAAUACAACAACAAAAUCAUCAUAUAUUGACUACAUUUUAUAUGAAUGUUUCAUUUUUAAAGUGCAUUCUCAUUUUGUGGGAAUGUUUAGUAUUUAGUGUUCUCAUUUUAUGAGAAUGUUCCAUAUUCAAGUGCAUACUAAAAAAGUAAAACUAUGCAAUUUACCAAUCUACAGAUAUGCAAUUUAUCGAUAUAUAUAUAUCAUCUUCAAUCAGUCUAUUCUAUGCAAGAAAGAUUUAUUGUGUUGUUAGUUUGCUCUUGUAACUUAGGAAAUAAAAUAUUUGUUUACAAAAAAA